AUGGACUUUAAGAAGGUCAUUUAUCAAAUGCUGCUGUUGUUAUUCACCAUACAAAUUUCUACCACGUUUGGUAACCAUGAGGAAAAUUUGUUUAAAUUAACACCAACCAGCGAUAGCCCGGGUUUGCAGUAUGAACUCAUAGGUAAUGGUAGAGCUUGCGGAAGUAGUUGGACAAUAAAUACAUAUAUGGAUUUAAAAUUUUUAAAUAACAGUCUUAAAAAUAUUAGGGAAAUGUUAAAAUCAAUUGAACUAAUUGAGUUCAAAGAUAUAUAUAUAACUUUGUAUCAGUUAAAAAAACACGCGAAUAGAUUGGAAAACGAGAUAGGUUUAAUUGUACAAAUGGGUAGACAUAACAAAAAAGUUAAGCGAUCUAUUGAGUUUGGGGGUACGGUAUUCAAAUGGAUGUAUGGAAUAGCUGAUGCUGACGAUGUACGAAGAUAUGAUAGUUCGAUCGAUAAAUUAGAAAACAAUGAGAAAGAUGUAAUGCGUAUUGUUCAUGAUCAGAUAUCUAUAUUAAAAAGCACAAUAAUUAAUUUUAACGAUUCUGUUACAUCAUUUAAUGAAAAUAAGAACAUUUUUGAUUCAAAUAUGAAAGCAGGCUAG